AUGCAGCAGAUGAGACUUGCUCUUGUGGUCUUGGCUGUCUGUGAGGCUCUUCGAACCUCGGAAGGUCAAGCCAUCAGAACACCUAAUCGAGCUAGAAUACGCGUGCACAACAAACACACUGCUGCAGUCCCAGAGGGCGCGGGGGGACGGGGCGGGUGCGGGCCGGACGGGGUCCUGGGCACGCUGGGCUGCCGACUGGUGCCGGCCUCUCCCUUUGCGCUACCAGGCCCCAGGCGGAAGAAAAGCCUCCCCACCUCGCCAGUGGCUCCAAACGGGUAUCGCAAGAGCGAAGGGUGUUGCCCUGCCAUACUUCCCAUUGCUUCCAGCUGUUGCACUGAGGUUUCACAUCAUGUUUCCAGAAGGCUUCUAGAAAGAGUGACUACAUGUCGCAUCCAAAGAGCUGAUGGGGACUGUGACUUGGCUGCUGUCAUCCUGCAUGUCAAGCGCAGAAGAAUCUGUAUCAGUCCACACAAUCAUACUGUUAAGCAGUGGAUGAAUGCUCAAGCAGCCAAGAAAAACAGCAAAGGCAACAUUUGCCAUAAGAAGAAACACCAUAGCAAGAGGAACAAUAAGAGGGCAAAUCAGAGAAAAUAUGAAACACAUGGCCAUAAAACUUCUCAGUGGCGUUUACUAAUGAAUUUACAAAGAGAUUCCUUAAGUGAACUUGGCCAUGGCUGGUUAUAAAUGUGAAUUUUCCUUAUUAGCAGCCAACAGGGCAAAACGAAAUACUGUUUUUGAAAUACUGAACCACUGUGGGAAGUAAUCUUAAAUUCCAAGGUAAGGACUCCCUGGAGAAACCUGCUGCACUUUCCUAAGUGCUGCUCACUGUCCUGGUGUCUUCAUGGCUUGGGAGAAUUUUGGCCAGGAGUCCCUGAAACAUGAAAACAAACCAGGCAUUGAUUUUUCUUAAUUGUUGUCCUCCCCCUUAACCUCCAUUCUUUUUUGUUAGUAUCACACUCAAAGAGGGGAAGGAUGGAUGACACUGGAGGAGAAUUCACCAACCUGAAUGGGUUUUACUUUAAAAAACUGUUGGCGGGGGAUUUAGCUCAGUGGUUUUGCCUCCUGCUGUGCAAGUGCAAGGACCUGAGUUCAAUCCCUAGUACCAAAAAAAUAAAUAAAUAAAA